AUGGAGCCGCCCGCGGCGCCCUUUCCGCAUCCGCUGGCCCCCGAGGCGGCGGCGGCGGGCCGGCCGGGCGGCGAGCGGCGCUUCCGGCUGUGGUACGUGGGCUGCGCGAGCUUGGACCGGCGCGCCACGCUGCCCAUGCUGCCCUGGCUGAUGGCCGAGGUCCGGCGGCGCAGCCAGAAGCCCGAGCCCGGCGCGGCGCCGGCGCGGGAGGUGCUGCUGCUGCUGGGCGCGCCCACCCUGCGCUGCGUCCCCGCCGCGGCCCCCGGCGGCGCCCCCGGCCCGGCCGCCCUCAUCUUCGAGCACCGCGCGCAGCACAUCGCGCGCUUCGUCCACAACAGCCACGACCUCACCUACUUCGCCUACCUGAUCAAGGCGCAGCCCGACGACCCCGACUCCCCGGUCGCCUGCCACGUCUUCCGCGCCACCGACCCCGGCCAGGUCCCAGAUGUUAUCAGUAGCAUAAGACAGGCUUCCAAAGCAGCCCUCAAAGAAGAUGUCAAGCCCAGUAAAGAAAACGAAGAUGCCUUCUACAACUCCCAAAAAUUUGAGGUUCUGUAUUGCGGGAAAGUGACGGUGGCCCACAAAAGGGCCCCAUCCUCCCUCAUUGAUGACUGCAUUGAGAAGUUCCACCUGCACGAACGGCAGCGCCUGAAGCUGCUCAGCAGCGCCGAGUCCAGCACGGACCUCGUGGAAUGGGAGGACGGCCCCCCUUCCCCCCUGGACAGUCCGUUUGAGGAGAGGGAGGGCUCUGGUGGAGGCGCCCCAGGCAUGUUUGUUGUGGGGAGCCAGACCAACUUGGCCAACCUGGCUGGCUGCCGGGCCUCUUUCCCAGAGCGGAUCCUGGAGGACUCGGGCGUGGAGGACCAGCAGGAGUUCCGCUCCCGGUGCAGCAGCGCCACAGGCCUCCAAAGGAGAGCUCACGAGAGCAGUGCCAAGACCUCGUCCCGAAGGCGCCACGCGAGCGCCCCCAGCCACGUCCAGCCCUCGGACUCUGAGAAAAACAGGACAAUGUUGUUUCAGGUUGGUCGCUUUGAAAUUAACCUCAUCAGCCCGGAUACAAAAUCAGUUGUGUUGGAGAAGAACUUCAAAGACAUCUCCUCGUGUUCUCAGGGCAUAAAACACAUCGAUCAUUUUGGUUUUAUUUGCCGGGAAUCUACUGAACCUGGAAUAAGUCAGUAUGCUUGCUAUGUGUUCCAGUGUGCAAGUGAAUCCCUGGUUGAUGAGGUCAUGCUGACUCUGAAGCAAGCCUUUAGCACGGCUGCGGCCCUGCAGAACGCCAAGACCCAGGUCAAACUGUGUGAGGCCUGCCCGAUGCACUCCCUGCACAAACUGUGUGAAAGGAUUGAAGGUCUUUAUCCACCAAGAGCCAAGCUUGUAAUUCAGAGACACCUGUCCUCUCUCAGCGACAACGAACAGGCCGAUAUCUUUGAGCGUGUGCAGAAAAUGAAGCCAAUUAGUGACCAGGAAGAAAACGAGCUGCUGAUUUUCCACCUGCGCCACUUGUGCGAGGCAAAGCAGAAGACCCACGUUCAUGUUGACGAGGCCCCGCUGCAGAACGCGUCUACGAUUCCAGAAAACACCACCAGCGGUGGAAGAUUCACCCUGGAUAUCCUGAAGAACAAGGCCAAGAAAUCUUUAACCAGUUCUCUCGAAAACAUCUUCUCAAGGGGGGCCAGCCGAAUGCGUGGUCGCCUGGGGAGCACGGAUAGCUUUGAAAGGUGCAACCAUCUCACUUCUGAUAAAGACUGCUCCUCUGGGGACUCCCCGCCCUCCACCCCUCCGGCUUCUCCCGUCGCCUCGGCCGGGUACCCCUUCCCCGAGGAGGACUCCGACUCGCCCCAGUUCAGAAGACGGGCUCACACCUUCAGCCACCCACCCUCCGCCUCCAGGAAGCGGAUCUCCUUCCAGGAUGGACGGUCCCAGAGCGCCCGGUCGCCACUCCUGAGGCAGAACUCCGUCGAGCAGAGCAGGCCGGCAGUCGCCCAACGGGUCCGCAGCGAGAGCGAGUCUUCUGUGUCGUCCCGUCUCCCUUCUUCUUUCUCUGCCCCUUCUUUCCUGAAAAGCUUGUACCAGGGCCCUGGAAAGCCGGCUCCUCUGCCUGAAGGCGAACUCCCCAGGAGCGAUGUGGAGAAAAGGAAGAGGACUUCCUCCGUGUGCAGCAGCGAUUCUCUAAAUGCUGUUGGGCUCACCCUGGUCCCCCGUCGGAUCUCCUGGCGGCAGAGGAUCUUCCUAAGGGUGGCAUCACCCAUGAAGAAAUCCCCUUCCACGAUGCAACUGCAAGAUGGGUGCGACAGAAGUGAACUGUUGCCACUCUCCCCGCUUCCGCCGUCUUUUGAUGAAGUUCCCCUGGCUUCCAUAUUGCAAAACGAGGACAUCCAGGAUAAGGCCACGGAGAAGAAGAACUCGGAGGAGCUGCAGAGCUUGUGGAGGAAAGCAAUCCAUCAGCAAAUCCUGCUCCUCCGGAUGGAAAAGGAAAACCAGAAACUGGAAGCGAGCAGAGAUGAGCUCCAAUCCAGAAAAAUUAAGCUGGACUAUGAGGAAGUGGGAACCUGUCAAAAAGAUGUUAUUAAUAUCUGGGACAAGAAGCUAUUGAACUGCAGAGCCAAAAUCAGAUGUGAUGUGGAAGAUAUUCAUACCACCCUGAAAGAUGGUGUCCCCAAAAGCCGCCGGGGAGAAAUCUGGCAGUUUUUGGCCGUGCAGCACCGCGUCAGGCACCGGCUCCCAAAUAAGCAUCACCCUCCCGACGUCUCCUACAAGGACCUCCUGAAGCAGCUGACGGCGCAGCAGCAUGCCAUUCUGGUGGACCUGGGAAGGACCUUCCCCACCCAUCCUUACUUUUCGGCUCAACUGGGCGCAGGACAGCUCUCGCUCUUCAACCUGCUGAAAGCGUACUCCUUGCUGGACAAGGAGGUGGGGUACUGCCAAGGCAUCAGCUUUGUGGCUGGCGUGCUGCUGCUGCACAUGAGCGAGGAGCAGGCCUUCGAGAUGCUAAAAUUCCUCAUGUAUGACCUUGGGUUCCGGAAACAGUACAGGCCUGACAUGAUGUCGCUGCAGAUCCAGAUGUACCAGCUGUCAAGGCUGCUUCAUGACUAUCACCGGGACCUUUACCACCAUCUUGAAGAAAACGAAAUCAGCCCAAGCCUCUACGCCGCACCCUGGUUUCUCACCUUGUUUGCCUCACAGUUUCCCCUGGGAUUUGUGGCCCGGAUCUUUGAUAUUAUUUUUCUUCAAGGUACAGAAGUAAUAUUUAAGGUAGCGCUAUGUCUGCUUAGCACCCAGGAGGAACGUAUCAUGAUGUGUGAGUCAUUUGAAAGCAUUGUUGAGUUUCUUAAGAAUACUCUCCCAGACAUGACAAGGCCCCCGAUGGAGAAGAUUAUGGCCCAGGUAUUUGAGAUGGAUAUUUCCAAACAGCUUCAUGCCUACGAGGUGGAGUACCAUGUUCUGCAGGAUGAAUUGCAAGACAACUUGAGCCCGUGUGAUGAGAUUGAGGCUUCAGAGAAACUUGAACGGGCCAACAGUCAGCUGAAGAGACAGAACAUGGAUCUCUUGGAGAAACUGCAGGCGGCCCACGCAAAGAUCCAAGCCGUGGAGUCCAGCUUGGAAGAGGCCUUGAGGCGGGAGAGCCAGAUGCUGGCUUUGGUCCGGUCUCUGGAAGGGGAAAAGGCUCUGUACCAGAAGGCCAUGGAGAAGAUCUGCAGCCGCCUGUCCCAGGAAGCCCUCUCUGACUGCGAACAGCUGCUGAAGGAAGUGCACUGCCACCCCGGCAAAUUCUAGACACAAGCCAUACACGAGUGGGUUGCAGGCGGGCCACGUGGUUUCUGCUCCUCGGUGGAAGGAAGGGAGCGGGCCGCUGCGGUGAGAGGCGCCUGCAUCGUCGUCUCCCGGGUCCUGGGAUCCUGCAAGCAGCAGCAGUGAGGCCUUCGUCAGCCUCAAUAUGCAAGCCCCGGGUUACUUUCCUUUUUAUCACACGUGUACAUAAUUUGCAGUGCCCAAAACAAAGGACGGAACCUAACAAAAAAGAUCAGAUGUAUAUUUAGGGUUGAUCUAAAGGGGAAAUCGGUGAAAUGUGAGACCGCUUGUAACUUAAAGGUUAAGGACCAUGCUUUCCCUGAGUAAGGAGCGUAUUGGGCCUUUUCUAGACGUUGAUCAAUACUUGAAAAAAAAAAAAGAAUGUAUUUUCUCACCUCCAAAGAGCAGCACAUGUCCCAACUUCAUGGCGUUUGUGUGUGUGUGUGUGUUGUGCAUGUCUGCUUCACAUAGGGGGGUUCUUUUCUACAGUUUCGCAGGGAAGAUCUCUGGGAGGGGCCUGCAGUUAGUGCAACUGACCAUUGGCGGGUAGCAGGCACAGGCGGUUGCUCCCCUCCUCGCCCACCGGGGGGGGGGGGAGCUGGCAGUGCCCGGUGCUCUCCCACCUGGGCAAAAGGGUUAGGGUUCCCCGCCCAGCUCUGCUUCCCAAACCCAGAAAAACAAGGAAUACGAGGCGCGCCUUCCUUCCCCGUGAGACGGAGAGCAGAGAGCAGCUGGGUGGUUUAGGUGUUGCUACGGCUGGAGCAUGUCAGAAAGCAGGUAGGACUUUCCAAAGUCCAAGCAAAACCUUCCCCUGGGAAAAGACAUUGGAAACUCCUGGGAUAAAGUCCUUUCCUCUGACCUGCAGGAAUUAGUUUGUUAGUUAUCUUGUUCCUCAGUGCUGAAUGCUGUCCUUGCCUUAGCUUCUUCUGGGGCCCUCCAGCUGUACCACGAUCACAACCAUGAGGACAAGUGGCAUCGCUUCAGCGAUGGCUCAGAGGUGCUGUGAAGGCACUACCGGUCACCUUUAAAUAGCCACAGUUCAAACACGAUGGGUGGAAUAGCCUUUGGCCAAAUGCCAGGUCCUGCAGCUUGAUUUCACUUGGCCAAGGAAACCCUGUAAGAUUUUCAGCUCCGGGUGUCCAGCUUUUUUCCACUGAAUGAUAGGAUUUCUUCAGAACAGAGGAUCCCAUAGAGCUUCAAGGUUGCGCCUGCAACAGAAGAGCAUAUAGGCUGCAAUGGAGUUAACUCUGAGGGGCUGUCCCUAUAUGAUAGCUGGCACAUUUCAGCUUAACAUGUCUGUCUCUCUUCUUUUUUUAACAAGCAUUGAAAGCCAGAGAUCCGGCUUCUUGCAUAUCCAGCAACUUCUGGAUGAUGAUGAUUGUUGCUAUUAUUAUUAUUAUUAUUAUUAUUAUUAUUAUUAUUAUUAUUCACUGCUCUGCCUAUUUAAUCUGUGUUUUUGGAAGCUACUUCUGCCAUGCAGACCAGACACUGAAGUCAACAUUUGAUCUAUCAAAAUUAUGAAAAUAGCAAUCAGCCAACACAAGAGACAGGUUUUAGAACAGGCCUGAAUCGUCGCCCCAUCACUGGGAACGGUUUGUUGUAUUUCUCCAGCUGCUUUUCCUAAAAUACUAAGCAAAGUGCCAAAUUCAGGCAAGCGUCUUUCUUGUACCAGAUACACGUUGGGUGAGGUGGGUGAAAGUGCUUCCAUUGGGACAUGUAUUCCGUUGCGCAAACAACAAGCAAAACGAAGGACAACAAAGUUGACGUUCUGUUUCACUGCUGCAGUGUGUAAGUCCGACCCGCCUUCCUUUUUGGUGUCUAGACCAUGUAAUUCAUACAGUUUUCCUGGGCACACUCCCAAAGGAAAAGCAAAUGCAUGAGAAGACACUGCUCUAAUUUCAGCCUUGAAAAAGAGGUUUCCAAAAGAUUGUGUUUGGGGUUAUUCUCUUGUCUUUGCUGCCUCUUACCAAAUCAACAGAAUCAGAAGAAACCUGGUGAAGUUGCAGAAACAUUACACUUUAUCAGUUGGAGGAAAAAUGGGUUCUGUUUCUUUGCAAUUUCAUUUGGUCAUCUUGUGCACGCAGAACGAGUCUGAGAGAAUCACUAAACGCUGUGUGGCAAUGACCUGAGCUAUUAAGGCACGCAAGACUUUUUAAAGAAUCACAGAAAGUGUCACCCUAUGUUGGUUUUACUGACUUGUUCAUGUCAUCACAUGGAAAAUUUCCAAUAAAUGCCAUUGCUGCAUCUGCUC